CACAUUGGGCAGCACUUGUACCGGUACCUCCCAUUGUCGUUUUGCAUUCUACCCAUCGAUCAAGCAAUCUGACAUCGCCGCAUGCCGGAAACUUGCGAGCGGAACAAGAAAUUCGAGCACUGGUGAAAUUAACAAGAGCACGACAAUGCCCGCACCGACGUCUUCGACGACAGCCUCGCGCUCGGAUCCUUCGAUAUCAACGCCGACGGCAUCCUUUCAUAUUGUCGCCACGACCUUCGUUCUAGGUACGAUUUGCCUUGCCUUGCUCGUCCUUCCCCGAGCUUCGUCGUUUUCUCUGUCUCCCUCCCAGCACUCGCAUGGUCUGUCAUCGCGAUCAACAGAGAGCAACGACAGGACCCCAACCAUAUCAUCGCUGUUCCAAAGUUCAACGGCCGUCGGUACGGAAACAGAMAAUUCCUCUACGCUUUUGAUGAAAGAGCAAGCGGGGGGGAACAGCAUGAACCGUCGUCGUCGAAAGCAACGAAUACGAAACAGCAACGCCGGCACCRACAACGCCGGCACCAAUGGCGACGAGAACAGCAGUUCCGCCAUMUUUGAGAACGUCCCAAAGGAGGAAGACCUUCCGGAUCCAGUGGUUCCCUUUGUAUCCGUAUCAUCCAUCAAACUUGUUGACCCCGACGACUCCGGAGACGACAGCGACGUCCGCGUCGAGCUCCGUCUCUGCCCGGAUGAUUCUUCUCCCGGUGACRUCGUCGUUAUCGACCCACGCGACCUCCACCAAACCAGCGACUUCGAGCUGUGGAUGGCCAUGCGCAAAAAUCUGGUCGACGUCUCGGCUUCCCAGCUGAGCGUAGUUUUGGGAACAAACUAUUUCACGAGCCGAGAGAAGCUGCUGCAAGACAAAACAAAGGCCCGAGUCGCCGACCUCGAAAAAGAUUCCAGCGACAUUGAUGGGGCCAUUGCCCUCGACAAAGAGGAUCCCACCGGAACGGCCGAAAAUAAUUCGAAGUCGAAUUCCAAGGCGUGUGCAUGGGGGAUCCGAAUGGAACCCCUGGCAUUCGCUCAGUACUCCGAUGUCAUGACUAGGGACAACAACGACGGCGACGGAGAUGAUGUCGAGGGUGGAUAUCAGAACAAUCGUGUCGUAGAGACGGGGAUGCAUCUACUCAGGCACACCGAUCCGGCSACCAAGAAAACCUAUAUCUUUGGUGCGUCCCCGGACGGAAUGGUGACGGAGGAAUCUAGGGAUUCCKAUGCUACUGAGAGCCAGACCUCCGUCGGGCUGCUAGAAAUCAAGUCUCUGUGGGGGAGACGUCACAAGGGCUCGCUGCCAGAAUUUCACGGSUGCCCCAAACGAUUCUACGACCAGAUCCAGGGCCAGAUGGCCAUCUGCGACAAGGAGUGGUGCGACCUGAUGCUGUUCAUUCCUCCCUCCGGCGGCACUGGGGGUGGCGGUGGCGGCAAGAAGAACAAGCGAAAGGGAAAGAGCGCCAAGAAGCGCAAAAAACAGGCGGCGGCGGCCGCUGCGCGCAACACAAACGCCCGCAAAAACCGGGGCAGGAACUACUUCAUCAUCCGUGUCAAACGCAACGAAAAAUACUGGAACGAAACCGUGCUUCCAGCCCUCGUGACAUUCUGCGACGAGGUCGAAGCCAGGACGGCAGCCGUGCUCGCUGGAGAGCCAAUAGCUGAAGUAGCAGAAGAGAAAGACACAAGCGAAGCGGUAGCGGCAUAAACGGCGCGUUCGUCGAUUAGGAAUGGAUGACACCGGAUCUCGAAAGACAAAACUCRAAGUUUGUAGCAUAUCAUCUCAAAGAGGGAUUCUCURCUUCCGACGAAUGAAGAAUGAAUGCAUCAAAUCUUGGUUGUACUCUAGAAUUGUCCAARCUCUCCCUAGCACUAGAAGAAUGAACUUUGCACGAAGGAGUGGCUGAGCAUGUUAAAAUUAGAAUAGCUGAUUUUGUUUCUCAAAAAAUGUUUUCAAUCACUGGUUUUCACCAUUGUUGUUCUAGUCAAAAGAAAAAGCAAAGCUAGGU